CUUCAACUGCAAUUUUUUGAGGCUUUUAAGAAACAAAAAGUUAAAAUAAAUUAAUUUAUUCAUUUAAAGACCUUUUUAAGAAACUGAGAUAUGUGUGAUAAAGUUCAUAAAGUUAUAAAAAAGAUUUCGUCAUUAUGGAAGACUAAGACUAUUAAAACAUCAUCUCUUGUCUUCAAAAUAGCCACAAUAUACACAGUUUUCAUGUUGUUGUUUCUUAUGCUUAUAAUUGGAUGGACACAGCUGUUCGGAGAAUCUGCAUCAUGUAUUAAAUCAUCAGGCAAAGUUUGGUACGAUGAUAUUAAAUAUGAGUGCUGGAUCAAGAACGAUAGAAAAUUUGUGAGUUUUGGAAUCUUUAGAGUCGUUGUUAUGUUGUUGUUUCAUGCAUCGAUCUUUAUUAUUCCUGGAAAGAUUUGGUAUAAACAGAAGAAGAAGACAAUUUCAAAAGCUCUUAAGAAGCUGCCAACAUCAUCAUUUAAUCAAGACUGGAUAACCCAACGUAAUCAAUUGAUUGACUUUAUCACGAAUAAUCCAAAAGCUCACCAUCGUUUAUUUGCUAUUAAGUAUAUAUCCUGCGAACUUCUUACAGUAUUCUCAAUUAUUCUUAACAUGCUUUACACAUGUUUGUUCAUCCAUGAUUUUUGGAACGAAUAUCAACAGGCUGCAACAUCGUUCUUAUUUCUUGAUUAUUCACAAUUUUAUAGCGAAUCCUCAAGAAUUUUUCCUAGACAAGUCACAUGUAACUAUUCCAGCUAUUCCUUUGAACCUUUCACAGUCACGAAAGAAGAAGUUGCCUGUACAUUUCCACAUAAUGACUUAAAAGCUGUAAUAUUUGCUAUCAUAUACAUUUGGUACAUCUUUAUUCUUACGUGGGCAGUUCUUCAUCUCUUUCUGAUGAUUGUACUGUACAUCUGCAAAUGCUUACGAUUAAGGUUAAUUCGUCGUAUGCUUGGACGUCCAGCAACAGUUUGUGAAUGUAAACAUCUGAGCGAAAAUGGUGAUAUUGGAUUAUGGUUCUUAUUAAGGAUCUUUCGACGCAACAUGCAUCUUGCACAUUUCCAAGAUUUAUGCACUGGAUUGCUAGCUGAUCCUAUUCUUAAUGCUUACUUUUUUUUAGCAUAAAUGGCUUCAACUGUCAUUCUACGAACCUUUAAAGAAACUGAAUAAAACUAAACUUAAGCAAUAACAUAAAUAUUUCCUGAAGAUCUGAAUUUAAACCUGAAAGGCCUUUACUUUUACUUUUAUUUCAAUGUUGAAGGAAAAAUAAUACAAUUUUUAAAAAUGUUCAUGGAUUAUAGCCUUCCCACUUUCGGUGAUUAAGCUGAUUAAAAUCAUCACAAUUUUCGGCAAUUUUUUUCAAGUAUUUAGCCAACUUGAGCAGUUCCGUGUCUGUCGAACGGUUUAGAUGACAUUGCGAAAAUGCUUUAAUUCGUAGACCACUUUUUGGAUUCAUUAAAAAGUUCCUACGUAUAUCAUCAAACAUAAUUGUAUUUUUGGAUGAAUAGAAUUCCGGAAACUUUUGCCAAAUUACUCCCAAAGGCUUAACAUUUACAACUCCCUUACUUGGAUGAUGAAUCGAUAUCAUUGCAUUAUAAUCGAGAUAGAAUGUCAUUUUAUAAUUUUCAUUCGUAUGAACACCAAGAAGCUUCAUUUUUUCAAUAAUCCAUUUCAUGCUUGUUGCGGACCAAAUCACAAUAUCAUAAUGCUCAUAAGCGCUUGUUAGAAAUUCAUGUAAGUAUGGUCUCAUCAGUUCAGCACCAGUUUCAGCCGAUGACCGAUGAUCAAAUAAUGUAUAAUCAAUAUCCAGAACCAAGAGCUUUUUUCCAGGUCGUGGAGGAUUAAAAACUUCUACUUUAUAUUCAUCAACACGUCGCUUAAUUUUAGCUAAAUAAACAUCUCGAUUCUCAAAUGAAUCAUUAUCCUGCUGCUCUGGAUCCUCAAAAUCAUUCACAAUCUCAUCAGUUUCUUCUGGCUUUUCAUUUACACUCCGUAUAUCCUCUUCCCGUGAACCAACCAUUUGAAGUGGCUUGCCUUGCUUAAUUAAAAGAUCCGAGAUUUUCGAAUUAUCAUCAAUUUUUACAUUAUUUUUGCCCUUGAGAUUCAGAAUCUUUUGGCGUUCCUGUAAUGUUGUUAAUGACGUGUUAAUUAUACACGAUUGUUCAUUAAUGUUUACAUUUUAUUCACUUACCGGCAAAACUUCUGUUUCCAUUUGUAUCUUGUGCUUUAAAAUCAACACAUCGUCGUCUGGAUCGACUAACAACUGAUACAGUGAGUUAUUCCACUUUAAAUCUAUUGUAAUUAAGCCUUCAUUUAUGUCCAUUUUUUGCCGUUUAGUGGAUCUUUCAUCAGAAUGUUCCAUUGCGAAAAAAACAAGUCUGAAA